AUGGCAGAGAAGGAAGGAGCAAUUGUUAAGAAGGGGCAUGAGGAAGGUUUGAAAAUGGCGAUUUCUCUACUCGAAGAAUUCGGACUCCCAAUGGGGCUUCUCCCUCUUGCUGAUGUGAUCGAAGUUGGAUUUGUGAAGAACACAGGGUAUAUGUGGAUCCUGCAAACUAAAAAAGUUGAGCACAAGUUCAAGAUUAUCAGCAAACUGGUUAGUUAUGACACUGAAAUAAAUGGAUUCAUUGACAAGAAGAAAAUCAAGAAGCUCAAGGGAGUGAAGGCUAAGGAGUUGAUGUUAUGGCCUCCAGUUAACGAGAUCAGUGUGGAUGAUCCUCCCACCGGCAAGAUUCAAUUCAAGAGUCUUGCUGGCAUCACCAAAACUUUCCCAGUUGAAGCUUUUGCUGCUGGCCAGUAA